UCCAGGCCUUCUAAUAUAAAAAACAAGAAUGAUACUGUAUUUUGAGAUGAAAAAUCGCACGUGGAACACCCCCAUUUCGAACUUUUAUGUGCCCGCAGCGAGGAUCGUGAGCUGGAUGGGGAAAAGUGUUUUUCCCCCUUUUUUCUUUUAGAUAUUAUGUGUGUCAUAAACCCUAAAAGGCUUGGAUUCCACCUGCAGCUCUUGCAUUGCUUGCAAUAACCAUGCAGUCCGCAUUGUUCAUGCCCUUCUCGCCUGCAACCCCAAGUAAAUCGAAGCGGCUGAUACCUCCUCGUAGAUGUCAAUCUGCUUUCCCCUACCUCUUAUCAGUGAGAGCAGAGGCGGUACAGUCACCACCUGUUCCCGUGGACUCUCCACCUAAAUCCACUCCAACUCAUAAGCUUAACAAGUACAGUUCCCGUAUAACAGAGCCUAAGUCGCAAGGUGCAUCUCAGGCAGUGCUCCAUGGGGUGGGCCUUUCAGAAGAUGACAUGGAUAAGCCUCAAAUUGGUAUAUCAUCGGUGUGGUAUGAGGGGAACACCUGCAACAUGCACCUUUUGGGGCUUUCAGAAGCGGUUAAAGAAGGGGUGCAAGAGGCUGGCAUGAUCGGGUUCAGGUUCAACACAAUUGGGGUCAGUGAUGCCAUUUCUAUGGGGACCAGAGGUAUGUGCUAUAGCUUGCAGUCUAGGGACCUCAUCGCGGAUAGCAUUGAGACUGUCAUGAGUGCGCAGUGGUAUGAUGGAAACAUUUCCAUCCCUGGUUGCGAUAAAAAUAUGCCAGGUACAAUUAUGGCAAUGGGCCGGCUCAACCGACCAAGUAUAAUGAUUUAUGGGGGCACUAUCAAGCCUGGUCACUUUCAGGGCAAUGCAUAUGACAUAGUAUCUGCCUUUCAGUGUUAUGGAGAAUUUGUGAGUGGAUCUAUCAGUGAUGAGCAUAGGCAAAAUGUUAUCCGCAACUCAUGCCCUGGUGCUGGGGCUUGUGGUGGAAUGUAUACAGCCAAUACCAUGGCUUCGGCAAUUGAAGCUAUGGGGAUGUCUCUUCCUUAUAGCUCUUCCACACCUGCUGAGGAUCCACUGAAGUUGGAUGAGUGUCGUUUAGCUGGGAAAUAUCUGCUUGAAUUAUUGAAGAUGGACUUGAAGCCCCGAGACAUUAUCACCCACAAAUCACUACGUAAUGCGAUGGUUAUCGUCAUGGCACUUGGUGGAUCUACCAAUGCAGUCUUACAUUUAAUUGCUAUUGCAAGGUCUGUUGGUAUUGAUUUGACUCUUGAUGAUUUUCAGAAGGUUAGUGAUGAGGUUCCCUUUCUUGCUGAUCUUAAGCCUAGUGGCAAAUAUGUCAUGGAAGAUGUUCACAAGGUUGGUGGGACCCCUGCUGUAAUUCACUACCUUCUUGAGCAAGGAUUUUUAGAUGGGGACUGUAUGACUGUCACUGGAAAGACCCUAGCUGAAAAUGCAGAAACUUUCCUUCCUUUGGCGAAAGGGCAGGAAAUCAUAAGGCCAGUAGAAAAUCCCAUCAAGAAGACAGCACACAUUCAAAUUUUAUAUGGGAAUCUUGCACCAGAGGGUUCUGUAGCUAAAAUAACUGGAAAAGAGGGGCUAUACUUUUCUGGUCCAGCACUUGUUUUUGAAGGAGAGGAGUCAAUGAUUGCUGCCAUUUCAGAGAAUCCUUCAAGCUUCAAGGGGAAAGUGGUUGUGAUCAGGGGAGAGGGACCUAAGGGUGGUCCUGGCAUGCCUGAGAUGUUAACACCGACUAGUGCAAUAAUGGGCGCUGGCCUUGGGAAGGAUGUUGCGCUAUUGACUGAUGGAAGGUUUUCAGGAGGUUCACAUGGGUUUGUGGUCGGCCACGUAUGUCCUGAAGCGCAGGAAGGUGGUCCCAUUGGCUUGAUUCAAGAUGGAGACAUAGUCAACAUUGACGUUCAGAAACGAAGAAUUGAUGUUUUGGUAACAGACGAGGAGAUGGAGGCGCGAAGGACGAAAUGGACCGCCCCUGCAUACAAAGCCAACCAAGGAGUUUUGUACAAGUACAUCAAAAACGUACAAUCUGCAUCCAGGGGAUGUGUGACAGAUGAGUAGAGAUGACUCAUUUCUAAAGGCUAAGAGAAAAAACUGGUUGUAUGCCUUGGCAGCAUUGUUUUUGCAGCCUAGAAGAUGUUAAUCUCUUUAUUGAGGUGUGUGAAGGUUACUAGGAUUUGAAGGCCAUGAUCAAGUCAAGAGGUGGUGUUGCCGCUAAGGUGAUAUGCUAUUGGCAUAGGCGCAACUAGUUAGGGGAGAAGCUAUGAUGCGGGUGCGUAAUUGUGUUGCUGCUAUGGAACGCAAGGCAGUGAGGAAUUGAUCAAGGGCCCUUUUUUCAAAUUUUAAAAAUAACUAGACAGUUUAGAUAUAUCAUAAAAAACUAUUUAUUUUAUAAAACACUAUAAAAAGUAAAAAGUAUUUGGUAUUUGGUUCCAAUAAUAGAAAAUAUUUAUUAUUUAAGUAGUUUAAAAUUUUAUUAUACUUUUGUAUAUUUCUGCAAUCUUAUAAUAUUCUCUAUUACCUAGCAUAUUUGAUUAUUUCUAAAAAUUAUUCAAAGUAGGUUUUUUAAAAUAAUUAGAAAUUUGUUUCUUUUCGUAUUGUGGUUAUUUUCAAAGGCUUAAACAAUUGGGUCCGUAAAAAAGUGAUGGGAAAUGUCACUCAGGGGGGGAAACAAAAAAUAAAAAGGAAAGAUAAUUUGCUGGUUGAUCGCUUUUAUUUCUCUUACAUAAAACUUGCUACAACAGUGGGGAAAAAAACACGAGGUGGACUUUAAAUAUAUCUUCAUUAAAAAAAAAAAAAACCUUUCCGAUAUUUCUUAAAAUUGCAGGGGAGGAAAUAAAAUAAAAGACAAUAACCCAUCAAAUUGUGGUGGUAAAGUUGAAGUUGCCAGAGUUAGUUUGCUUGGGCAAGGGUGAAUUGCUGAACCCAAGCCUUGACAUUGCUAAAUCAAACUGCAGCAAAUUGUUCUCCAAUUGAUGUGCUCCUGUCGUGAUGGAAGUCCUUGGAUGUGAAGAGCCAGCCACAAAGCCCGCGAGAGAAGCGCUAAGGUUGAUACCAGCAUCCACAAAUCCUAAGCAAAUCACACCAUUUCUUGACUGCACCAUCGAGUUUGCCCCGGCGAUGCUUCACACCACUUUCUCUUUUUGCAUCACCAGCUCAAUUUUAGGCACGUUUGGUCCCAUCCGCGAGAACCCGAUGUCAUUGGAAGCGAAGCAUGUCGAGAAUGGCGGUAUGGGUGUGACUUUUGGAAUGCCGCCACCAAGUGCUUGGGUAAAUGCUUCACUGACCGCUUUGUAGAUGGUGGUCUCCAUCAGAGUGUAAGGAUUCACGGUGCUGAUCUUGGUUCCACCGAAGCCUUGUUUAUUGAUGGAUAAAAGGGCUGUAUUCAAAGCCACGCCUUUCCCUCCGAUUCUGACGGAAUUUACCCCAAUGAAGUACUCAAAUGAGGGUUUGCCGGGGGCAGUGUUCUCAGGGUUCGCAAUAAGGGGGGUGUAAGUGAGGGUCUUCGAGACAUCAAUGUUGGGUAAGAAAUGAUAAGGGCUAUUGCCAAGAAAGAUGGCGCCUUUGGCACUAGUUGAUGAGCUCAAGCAAAUGGCAAAUUUCCUGGGAAGGCUAGCAAAAGUUGAAGCAAACUGAGAAGGAAGUGAUAGACUAGACCUACCUAGAGCAGCAUACCUGUGACACCGCGAGGAAGGCCUUCCACUAAGGUUUUUGAUCCGCAAAGGAAAGCAAACUUGGGUGUUGUAACCAUUUUCCCGGGAUUAAAGCCAUUGGUAGAUUGAAUAGAAAUAACAUCUUUGCUGAGAUCUCCGAAUGUCUGGUUGGAGGCGAUGGUGUUUUCAGGGACGCUACUGCAUCUAUCUCCUCCACAGAUAAUUGUCCACAAAAGUGAGCAUUGGGGGGAGUCACAAGGAGGAAGCUUGUAGGUAGAAGAGACAUAGUUUCGUUCACAAUCCACCCAAGGCCAGCUGCCACUUGAAUCCACAGUAAGCUUGACCGGCACUAAUGGUGUUCUUUGUUUGAUUUUGAGUAACACACUGGGGAAUGGAUGUGGAAAGAUCUUUGGUUGCAGGAAAAACGAGUGCAUUGGGUUGACCAGAGGUUUGCCGCAUGGAUGGAGAGAUGAAAAAGCAGACAAGGAACGAAAGGAAAAGCCAGCGAAAUGAAGUAGCCAUGGAGACUGUAAGCUUUCAAUUACAAGCGGUGUAGAAAUAAGGAAGAGGAGGUUGUGUUGUGGGGAGAAGAAAGGCAUGGCUUGCUUAUAUAGGUUUUUGAUGCAAAAUUUUUCUUUGACAUUAAUGUGGUGCGAGUGGAGUUGUUGAGUGUGGGGUGCACUGCCAGUAGCAGUAAUGAAGGAUAUGAUGUGCGUGAAUAAAAAUACUCCGAGCAGAUAGGGUCAUGUGGAUUGUGGAUGAAGCUGUCAUUGAAUUUCAAGAAUGGCAACCAAGGAGACACUACCGCCUAAUAUCCAUUUCGAAUUUUGUAUUUCAUUAUAUAAAUGAAUUCAUCGCCUCAUCGGGCACAAGUAAAUUCAACAAGAGCUUGGCACUGAUUCAUAUGCUGCACAAUUGAACUUCAAUUUCACGUGUUUGUGUUAGUGCCUGAACGUCACGGACUCGGGGUUGGCGACCUGAUAUUAAUGUUUACUAUAAGUACUUAUAUUAAA